GGUUUCACAGGAAAUCUUAGCGAAGUAUCCGUGUAUUUCAAUGAUAAAAGAAUUAUACGCAUCUCAAAAAAAAUGACCGAUCCGAGGACUAUGACUAUAUUCUCUGGUUUAAAUACGACAUCACCUGGAAAAAUGUUUAAUUUAAAAUCUGUUGAUGUACGAAAAGUGCAAUUGGAUGUAGAAAGAACAAUUAUUCCUUCAAAAUUUUCUCUAACCAGAAUGACUUUGAAUGACUAUCCAAUAGAAGAAACAUCAAUAUUUCUUAGAGUUGCUAGUGGUCAUUUAGAUGUACGAGUAACUAAAGCAUUUUCAUCAGAUAUGGAGCGUACAACAAAAAAGAAACCACCGAGUCAAACUAUUAUUCAGAUGAUAUUUACUGGAUUUGACGAGCAAUAUUUUUCUGAAGAUAAAAAUAAAAAAAUAUCUGGGGUAUUUAAAAAUUUGUUACCAUUUCCCGAACAAGGUCGAAUUUUUAUUGGGUUUCCUACACAUCAGACAACUGGUUGUAGUUCUCACCUGGCGGCUCGUUUAAUUCCAACAGUUGAGCGUGAAUCUAUUGAUCUAAUUGAUAAAACUCUUGCUGUUUAUAACAAUGAAAUGUUAAGUCUUGCCGGAAUCUUGUCCCGAAUCUUGUACGAAGAUGAAAUGAACCAAAUCUCAAAGGUUUACAAAGAGAUUAUUGGUUCAAAUACCAAUUUAGAUGAUACUGCGCGUGAAUGGCUUGAAAAACGGUCUGCACAUGCUCUUUCACACUUUACAUUCAAACCUAGUACUCCUAAUCCGCUUAUUGGUCGAAUAAUUGAGCUUCAAUUUUUUAAUUGCACUUCCCAAUCUCUGCCUAUUAUGUCAACUCUUGGAGUUAUGCCAAUGAACUCAGUUCGAAUGCCUAACACUGAAAUGGCGGCUUUCAUAAAAACUAUUCCUAUACUUCCCAAAAUUAUUAUGGAACAAUGUGAUGUAUUUAUUAAAAAGGCUAGAAAUCCGAUGAAUGCUAUUAAAGACAUUUCGCUCUACGAUGUAUUUAAUGAAUUACAAAAUCGCACUCUUUCAGAAGAGGACACUGUAGCAUUAAUGAAAUGGUGGAUAAAUUAUCGGACAAAAGAAAAUCAACAAGUUUCAGAAUUAGAUGCUCAACAGUUAUUAAAGCUUGCGGUAGUCUGUAGUAACGACAAUGUGAUACCAUUAAAUAAAAUUCAGUUUUACCUGAAUCCUACUGUGAUUCCACCAGAUUUCGAAGUUCCGCCUAAUGUAUUACCUUAUUCAAUAAGCAAAAAUUUUCAAAAAAAUGAUUUUGACAAGUGGUUUAGUGGAUGGAAAGAGCUUUCAAUUGUUGUUUGGACACAAUACAUCACAUCCAACCCUCAGCUGGAAAACAACCCAAACUUUGCUGAAAAAGUUCUUGCGGUUAUUGCGAGAAGUUUUCAGAAAUGUUCUUCAAAUGACCAAGCUAUAAUCAGAAAGUUUCUUGUUGCAAAAAAAUGUAUCCCAACAAAACACGGAAUGAAAAUACCAGAUGAAGCGUAUUUUCAAAAUGUAGAUCUUUUCCCGGAUCUACCAAUUAUUCACUUCCAGAAUGUUAAAGCCGUAGAUAAAUUAUUACUUAAAUUGGGAGUUCGGAAUUAUGUCGAAUUACAACUCAUUUUUGAUCGUUUAGUUAGUCAAGGUAAUUGGGAUCAUAUGCAACUUAUUAAAUAUCUUGCUUCGGUAUUUAGUAGCCUCAAAGAAAUUGAAUUGAAAAGAUUGAGGGUUACCCCGAUUUGGCCAAAAGAACAAACUGCGAAUCCAGGAUCUUCAUCAGCAAAUGAUGAGACCAAGACUAAACCGAGAAUUCUUAGAUACUUAGCAAGUGAUUUAUAUGCACCAUUAGCCGAAAUGCGAGAAUUUGGGUUGCCUUUAAUUGAAUGGAGUGGUAAAAGUAAAUGGCGGAAAACCAGUGAAGAAGAAUAUCCACCACUUAACGUCAUUCUUCAACUUGCUGCUUCUACUUCAGAUGCGGCAAUAAGAAACAAAGCUCUAAAAUAUUUCAUAGAUAAUUUUAAAGAGAAAUAUUCCUCAGAGUAUAAAGCUGGAGAAAUAAAAGUGGCGUUUUUGCCAUGUACUGACCCUAAAAUCUAUGAGACACCAAUGGGUUGUUUCUCCAAUCCUGAAUGUACAAUAAUGAAAUUUAAUGUAUUACACCAAGAUUUACGAUUUCGUGCUGAUGAAUUGGGCAUCCGGCAACAUCCAAGUCGUGAACAACUCUUGAAUAGAUUAACUCAAAAUCCACCUGAAAAUGAACAAAAGGCUAUAGAGAUUUUUGGUUACUUGGCAACUCGUCUAGGUGAUUUUAUUAAAACAGAUUGGUCCAUGCUUAAAGAUCUUAAGUUUAUUCCGAUCAAUAAUGUUCAAACUAAUUCGGUAACAUAUGUCACACCAAGAAGCUGCUUUUUCAAAGGCACUGAUGAUGCCUAUGGUGAAUUCUUUUCAUAUGUAGAUUUUGGAGAAAAGGCAAAUAAAUUUUUGCUUAGCUGUGGUGUUAAAUCUGAACCAUCUCAGAUAGAAUUUGCAGAAUUCCUCGUGAAAUCUUCGCAUGAAUUUUGGAAUUCUAUUGGUGAUAAUGUGGAUAAAUAUCUCUCAGUCCUUCGUAAUAUUGCUAAUUCUAGUGCUGUUGCUAAAAAUCGAGCGUUAAUUACUGAUAUGAGUCGCACACCGCUAUUAAUUGGCGUAAAAAAGAAAAAAAUCACAGUGGAUAAAGAAAAUUUUGAUUAUAAUGAGCAAUAUAUUGAUCAUUAUGUUUUGGAUUCUGCACAAAAUAUUUUUAUAAAUGAUGAUACAAAUUUUCAGCAAGUUUUUAAUCCGUUGACAGCACCUAUGGAAGAGAUUUUGGAGAAUUUUUACAAGUUACUAGGAAGUCGUUCGUUGUAUGCUAGCGUUAGGGUUAAUGUACAAAUAAAAGGCAAUCCAAAGCCUUCUAUGAAUUCUGCGAGAUUGCAAAGAACAAUCAGGGAAAGAGCACAACUAUUUUACCAUGAUAUUCCCCGAAAUGAAGUUAAGCAAUCGGUUGAUUGGGUUCAAAAGUUAAAAGUAGCAGAGAUUGAUCAGAUCGAAGCUACCUAUGAACUUAUAACCGAUCAUCAAAUUAAAGUUGAACCGAUAUAUUCACACAUUAUUAAAGAUUCGCGAACUUCAUGGACUUUAUAUGUCACCCCUGGUGAUGCAGAUCAUCUCGAUAUUGCAUCGAAUCUAGGACAAAACAUUUUUAAGAAAUGUAAAUGGAAGGACAUCUCACAUUUGUCAAUGUUGUUGAUCACACCUUUAGAUAGUUUAAAACGUAAAGGAUAUCCAGUUGACCGUAUUAUGUUAAGUUAUAAACAACCUAAACGCGUUGCCGAGAAAUACGAUUCUACUAAAGUUCCUAGAACUCCGGAAAUUAAAGCACAAACUUUAACUCAAUCUAGCCCUAAUCCAAAUCUGAAUGUUCCUUCCGUAAAACUUGCGCCAGAAAUCGAAAAUUAUGUUGUUCAUUUACAGGAAAUGUUUCCAGAUUGUGAUCCAAAUUAUAUUCGCCGAUGUUUAGCUCAAGAAAAGACAGAUCACUUACAGAAUGUUGCUAAUAAAUUGAUGGAGGCUAAAUACCCAAAAAUUGAACCUAAAAUGCAACCUAACGGAAUUUCUAAUAAUGAAGAUGGAAUUUCUAAUCAUGGAGACGAUACACUGGGACCCAAAAAAUCUAACUGGGGCGGAGGUAUUUUAAAGUCCUUGUCUGAUUUUCUUCCUAUGUCAACGAUACCUACCAAGGUUACACUUCAAACUACCGAGAAUCUUCGUAAUGCGCUAAAAGACGCUAUCAAGUCUUGCCGUCCUAAUUCGGGAGCUGCAGUGAAUAGUCAGGAAAAAAUUAAUACUGUUACGGAGAGUCGAAACAGUUAUUGGCACUCGCUCGAUUUUGUGGGCACUAAGAAUGGAGUUGAGCUUUAUAUCGAGAAAACUUUAGACCACUCGAAAAUAUUUGACUCUAAAUUAACGGCGUUAACCAGAUUUAUCGGAAUUCUCAAUGAUCUUGGUGAAAUUUUUGAAAUUCCACCAAAAACAAUUCACGUAUUUUACGAUACUACUUCGAAUUCAAUUGCAUUUAAUCGUGGUAAGGCCUUAUUUUUCAACUUUCGAUUCUAUCUUGGACUACAUGAAGAUAUUGAAUCUAUCAAGCCAUCGAUUGAUACCAUAAUGUAUUGGUUUAUGACGGUUUGUCAUGAGUUGGCACACAAUUUCAUUAUACCACAUAAUUCAGAACAUGAAUAUUACCUUUCUUCGUUUGCAGAAAUUUAUAUGUCGAAUUUAUGUGUAAAAAUGAAGCAACGAGGCUUAAUAUAA